AUCUAAUACGACGCCUGAAAGAAAAAAAACUCUAAAAUAACGUUCUCUAGAAAGAAACUUUUACUUACCCCUUCCCUACACUCUACGCUUGCAUCUUCUCUACCAAACCAAAAAACAUGAAGCAGAGAACAUGGCCGUCUCGAUCAGACGGUUCAAAAUUCAAGUCUCUACCAUUACCAUACACCAUAUCCAAAAGGGAAAUCAUCCCAUCUAAAUCAGUAAUAUCAUUUUCAGUACCAAAGGACGGUCGCGAUUUCUCAACGCUUCCAUUUGAUAUAUUAAUAAAAAUAGCGGCUUCUUUUACGCUGCCAAAUCUACAAACGGCGUCCUUAGUGUGCAGGUCAUGGAGGGAUGGACUAAGGCCAUUAAGAGAAGCGAUGGUUUUUUUAAAAUGGGGAAAGAGGUUUAAACAUGGAAGAGGAGGCGUGAGACCUAAUUUACAAAAGGCACUUGAUUCUUUUUUGAAAGGUGUGGCUUUAGGGUCUCCUUUAGCUAUGGUAGAUGCUGGUCUUGUUUAUUGGGAAAUGGGUUUUAAAGACAAGGCUAUUGCUUUGUAUCUUAAAGCUGCUGAGCUUGGUGAUCCUGCUGGACAGUGUAAUUUGGGAAUUUAUUAUGUGCAAGUUGAACCUCCAAAACCAAAGGAAGCUAUAAAAUGGUUAUUACAAGCUUCUAAUGCUGGGCAUGUUCGUGCUCAGUACCAACUUGCACUUUGUUUGCAUCAAGGUCGCGGUGUUGAUCACAAUCUACAAGAGGCUGCUAAAUGGUAUCUGAAAGCGGCUGCUGGUGGGUACGUGCGGGCAAUGUACAAUGUUGCUUUAUGUUACUCAGUUGGAGAAGGUUUGGCACAGAGUUAUCGACAAGCAAGGAAAUGGAUGAAACGAGCUGCUGAUCGUGGCCACAGUAAAGCGCAAUUUGAGCAUGGACUUGGCCUCUUUUCAUCAAAUUUUGGGCAGGAAGGUGAGAUGAUGAAAGCUGUAGUUUACCUGGAACUUGCCACACGAGCUGGUGAAACAGCAGCAGCUCAUGUCAAGAAUGUUAUUCUCCAACAACUAUCGACAACUUCACGUGAUCGCGUCAUGCUUCUUGCUGACAGCUGGCGUGCUUUGCCUUCAUCUCACUGAGUUAUUUAAAAUCAUAGGGCUCUGAAGGUGCCAGCUGACUAUAAUAGUGCAAUCUGAUGAUGCUAGCAAACUGCUCUAUUAUGCUGUUAAAUUGUGGGUGGAAUUGGAUAUUUGCAUUGUUUCCUGGGUUGUCAGUUGUUUUGGUGGGCGUGGCAAAGGUGAGUAUGAGAAGAUUGUUGUUGGUCCAAGUAUUUUCAUGUAAAUAUAGUACUUAUAUAUUGUUGGACGAAAAUCUCUCUACAAAAUGGUUGGCCUUUUCGUUUGUGUUUU